AUGAUUAUGUCCUCCUGGAGGAUGUAGGACGAUUCGUGGAGUCUCAUGGUCGAGCCAUUGCUCGUGGAAGCUUUCUUCGUUCUGAACAUCACAGAGGUCACAGAGGUAAAGGACGAGGCAGACCCACCCCUCUAGCUAGAGAAGUAAGAGAGAUACGCUUCAAAUGCAACUAUCCUUUAAGGAUAUCUACGUCGAUUUCUUACCGGAAGGUAUGGAGCGGAGGACGCAAAACUCGUCUAGGUUCGACUUCAGAACAAGAAGUAUAUACCUUACAUUGGAGCUGAAAGUUCAUCCACCUCGCGCUUCAAAUGCGUCCUCAUUCAAACUCCUCAUCCAAAACAACAAUCUCGGCUCACAAUUCCACACAUUAUUAUCAAAUCACUUCUACUCGUCGUCUCCUCCUGACAAAUCGCUAGACUCGUGGCCUUCAUGGAUACUCGAACUUAUAGAUUCUCUUCCAGUUACCCCAACCCCCGCCUUUCUCUCCCAGUACCCUCCACAGCCUCGAGAGAUCUCAGCAAACGUUUUUGGUCGUAACCUAGGUCCCUCUGCUCAUUUUUCGAAUGGUUACUACCAAAUCGACACCUCUCAGACACUCGCCCAAAUACUUCGUGAUCGGGAAUUCCUUGAGUUUCCAACCUUUGAACUGUUUGCUACAUAUCCUAGCCUCAAUGAAAUCCUCAUCAUCGCUGAGUCCCCCGACAUAGAUGUGAUAAAAAGGCCAGCAGCAAAGAGGCCCAGAAUCGAGCAGCAUCCAGAAUUUGUUGACCAUAUGUUGGGCGGGUAUGGGAGCACUGACAAUGAGGGCGAUCCUGCCCAAGAUAGAGACCAGACAGAUGAUGAAGAUGUUGGGGUUGACAUACUAGGUUAUGGUACCGACAAUGACAACCUUGGCGAAACGCGAUUUUCGGAAGAAUACGACGUUGGUGAGAUCGGUGAGGCGGAAAGCGAGAUACCCGGAGUACUGGGCGAUGGUACCGAAAGUGACUCCAGUUCUGUAUGGUCUUCUGGUGUCGAGGACGACGUCACCGAUUUGAUUACUGAUCAAUGAGCAGAUCCCGCCAGGCACCACACCUUCAGUUGUAUGCUCAGCGCGGCAUAGCGGAGAGCGACAGACUAUAGUUCCGUG